GGGAGGGAGAGAGGGAGAGCGGUGUUGAACAUGGCGACCGGGAAGCUGCCGCCCUCCCGACGCGAAGUGUAGGCGGCCCCAGCGGAGCGGCGUCUCCCGGAGACCGGCGACAUGUCGGUCUCGGAACUUUACAGCAAGUAUACAAAGAUUUGGAUUCCUGACCCCGAGGAUGUUUGGAAAUCUGCGGAAAUCACCAAGGACUACAGAGAUGGUGAUGAGGUUCUACAUUUGAAACUGGAAGAUGAAACGCCUCUGGAGCAUCCUGUCAAUUCGAAGGCAAAUCAGUUGCCUUUCCUCCGUAAUCCAGAUAUACUUGUUGGUGAGAAUGACCUGACUGCGCUCAGUUAUCUCCACGAGCCUGCGGUGCUCCACAACCUGAAGGUCCGCUUCCUUGAAUCCAAUGCCAUAUACACGUACUGUGGUAUCGUCUUGGUUGCUAUUAAUCCUUAUGAGCAGCUGCCGAUUUAUGGAGAGGAUGUCAUUCAGGCGUACAGUGGGCAAAAUAUGGGGGACAUGGACCCCCAUAUCUUUGCCGUGGCAGAAGAGGCAUAUAAGCAGAUGGCCAGAGAUGAGAAGAACCAAUCGAUCAUUGUGAGCGGUGAGUCUGGAGCUGGAAAGACAGUGUCUGCCAAGUACGCCAUGCGCUACUUUGCGACUGUGGGUGGCUCAGCCAGCGAAACAAAUGUCGAGGAGAAGGUCCUGGCCUCAAGUCCAAUUAUGGAGGCCAUUGGUAAUGCUAAGACGACAAGGAACGAUAACAGCAGUCGCUUUGGGAAAUAUAUCCAAAUUGGUUUUGACCGCCGAUAUUACAUUAUUGGUGCCAACAUGCGGACAUAUCUGCUGGAGAAGUCAAGAGUGGUUUUCCAGGCAGAAGAUGAACGCAACUACCAUAUCUUCUACCAGCUGUGUGCCUCCGCCAAUCGCCCAGAAUUCAAGGAAUUAUAUUUAAGCACUGCAGAAGACUACUUCUACACCACUCAGGGUGGCAGCACGCUGAUAGACGGAGUUAAUGAUGCUGAAGACUUUGAGAAAACUUGGGAUGCCUUUGCUCUACUUGGUGUAAAGGAUGCACACCAGAUGAACAUUUAUAGAGUAAUCGCUUCCAUUCUCCACCUGGGAAAUGUAGAGAUUGUUUCGGAGAGAGAUACGGACUCGUGUGGUGUUGCUAGGAAGGAUAAGCACCUAAGAUACUUCUGUGACCUGCUGGGGGUUGAACACGACCAGAUGGAACACUGGCUCUGUCAUCGGAAGCUCGUCACCACGUCAGAGACAUAUGUGAAGACCAUGUCCAAGCAGCAUGCCAUCAAUGCCAGGAAUGCAUUGGCCAAACACAUCUACGCCCAGCUCUUCAACUGGAUCGUGGAACAAAUCAACAAAGCGCUUCAUACAACCAGCAAGCAGCACUCGUUCAUUGGCGUCCUGGACAUUUACGGGUUUGAAACAUUUGAUAUCAACAGUUUUGAACAAUUUUGCAUCAACUACGCUAAUGAGAAAUUGCAGCAGCAAUUUAACCUGCACGUCUUCAAGUUGGAGCAGGAGGAGUACAUGAAGGAACAAAUACCCUGGACGCUGAUUGACUUUUCCGACAACCAGCCAUGCAUCGACCUGAUUGAGGCCAAGUUGGGCAUCUUGGACCUGUUGGAUGAAGAAUGCAGGAUGCCAAAAGGCAUGGACCAGAGCUGGGCCCAGAAACUGUACGGUCGUCAUUCAAGCAGCCCGUACUUUCAGAAACCCCGAAUGUCCAAUAUGGCUUUUCUUGUUGUACAUUUUGCCGAUAAGGUGGAGUAUCAGUGUGAUGGGUUCCUAGAGAAGAACAGGGACACAGUCUAUGAAGAACAGAUCAACAUACUGAAGGCCAGCAAGUACCAGCUGGUAGCCGACCUGUUCCAGGAGGAGGAUUCUUCAACUUCUACUAGCAAAGUGAAAACAGCAAAAAUAAACGUUCGUCCUCUCAAACCUGCCAUAAAGACACCCAAUAAAGAGCACAAGAAAACUGUUGGACAUCAGUUUCGGAACUCACUGCACCUGCUGAUGGAGACGCUGAAUGCCACGACGCCACAUUACGUGCGCUGCAUCAAGCCAAACGAUGGGAAAUGUGCUUUCUCGUUUGACCCUGCACGAGCUGUUCAGCAGCUCCGGGCCUGUGGGGUGUUGGAGACGAUCCGUAUUAGUGCUGCAGGAUAUCCCUCCAGGUGGACGUACCACGAAUUCUUUGACAGAUAUCGGGUCCUAAUGAGGAAGAAGAACAUAAUUUUGAAUGAUAAGAAAGAAACCUGCAGGAGGCUUCUGGAUAAUGUUAUCAAGGAUCCGGAUAAGUUCCAGUUUGGCAAGACCAAGAUCUUUUUCCGUGCUGGUCAGGUGGCGUACCUGGAAAAACUCCGAGCCGACAAGUUCCGAGCUGCCUGUAUGAUGAUCCAGAAGACGGUUCGUGGCUGGUUGCAGAGAAUCAAGUACAGGAGGAUGAGGAAGGCUGCCAUCACAAUUCAAAGAUACGUUCGAGGUUAUCAGGCACGCAGAUUGGCGGAGUUCCUGCGGAGAUCGCGAGCAGCGAUAAUCUUGCAGAAACAGUGCAGGAUGCUGGCAGCCCGUCGCAAGUUCCUGAAAUUCUGCAACGCAGUUAUCACAAUUCAGGCGUACGCUCGGGGGAGGUCUGUGCGUCAGGUGUACCGCGAGUUACUGUUCCAGCAUAAAGCUACCGUCAUUCAGAAGAACGUGAGGGGUUGGAUGACUCGAAAGAGAUUCCGCAGGGUUCGCAAUGCAGUCGUUUACCUGCAGUGUUGUUACAGGCGGAUGAAGGCACGCCGCGAGCUGAAGGUGUUGCGCAUUGAAGCGCGAUCGGUGGAACACUACAAGAAGCUCACCAGUGGCAUGGAGAACAAAGUUGUUCAACUUCAAAGGAAAGUGGAUGAUCAGAACAAGGAGCACAAGGCACUAGCAGAGCAGAUAAUGGCAGUGAACACAGCACAGGCGACCGAGAUCGAUAAACUCCAGAAGGAGUUGGAGCGGUGCCGGGAACAGCAGGGCCAGGAGAACAGAGCAACCAGUUUACAGGAGGAGAUUGACGAACUCCACAAGGAGCUUGAGAAGUCACAGAAAGAACGCAAAAUCUUGGAGGAUUCUUCUGCAAGAGAAAAAGCAGAACUUCGGCAGCGUGUGCUGGAGCUGGAACAGGAGAACACACUCCUGAAGCAUGAAAAGGAGGAAUUGAACCAACGCAUCAUGAGCGAAUCCAAGGACGUGGCAGAAAAAUUCUCAGAGAAGAUAGAAAAGGAAAAUGCGCAGUCGAGGAAGGAGAUAGACGAAGAACGAUCUCGCUAUCAAAACCUCCUGAAGGAAUAUUCCCGUCUGGAGCAGCGCUAUGACAAUUUGCGAGAGGAGAUGACGCUCAUUAAGCAAAUGCCAGGCCACCGGAGAAACCCCUCCAAUCAAAGCAGCCUGGAAUCUGAUUCCAACUAUCCCUCCUUCUCAACGUCGGACAUCGGGGACACUGAGGACGCCAUGCAGCUGGUUGAGGAAGCAGGUCUGGAGAAUGCUGCUAUGGACGUGACUCUGUUCCUGAAACUGCAGAAACGAGUGCGGGAGCUGGAACAAGAGAGAAAGUCAUUACGCGCAGAGUUGGAGCAAAAGGAAGCAGUGGAAACCAAAACGAUGGCAAAUGCGUACAACAGCAUCCCAGACAAUGAACAAGCUGCAGAAAUGGCCUAUGAAAGCUUAAAGCGACAUGAGCUCGAAUCUGAAAACAAGAAGCUGAAGAACGAACUCAAUGAUCUAAGGAAAGCCGUGGCAGAGAAAUCGGCGGCGGAGGACUCAAAUGAUGAAUCCGAAAAUGCCUACAGUGUGCUUCUACAUCAGCUGAAAGCAGCCAGCGAGGAGCUGGAGGUGCGGAAGGAGGAGGUCCUCAUGCUGAGAACUCAGAUAGUCAAAGCAGCUCAGCAGAAGGAGGAGGCAAAAACUACGGAUAAUGUGACCAAUGAAUAUGAAUGGAAAAGAAGUGAUGAAAACACAGACAAAGAGGAUGCAAUUGAGGCCUACAAUGGCAUACGUGAGACUAAUAGCCAGGCCGAAGACUGGCGCUUCCUCAAUGAAGAUGGAGAGCUUGGCCUGGCAUAUCAAGGCCUAAAGCAAGUCGCCAGGCUACUUGAGGCACAGCUGCAGUCUCAGAUCAAGCAACACGACGAAGAGGUGGAGAGAUUGCAGACGCAGAUCGAGAGUCUGAAGGAGGAGAUGGAAAAGCAGCAACAAGUGCUCACACAGACACUACAGAUGUCCCCAGAUGCACGCAUUGAGUAUAACAUACAACAGGAGAUCACCCGUCUCACCAAUGAGAAUCUGGACCUUAAGGAGCUGGUAGAGAAACAGGAGAAGAAUGAGAAGAAACUGAAGAAGCAACUUAAGAUUCACAUGAAGAAAGUUCAAGAGCUUGAAGCCCGAAACACAGCACAGAAAGAGGCAAGACGAGAACAACUAACCCGACAGGUCACUGUUCAACGGAAGGAGAAGGAGUUUCAGGGAAUGCUGGAAUACUAUAAGGAGGAUGAAACGCUACUUAUUCGCAACCUCAUCACAGAUCUGAAACCCCAAGCAGUGUCUGCCACUGUUCCCGGCCUCCCGGCAUAUAUCCUCUUCAUGUGCCUUAGACACGCAGAUUAUCUCAAUGAUGACCAGAAGGUCCACUCACUGCUAACGGGAACCAUCAACGGCAUCAAAAGAGUAUUAAAGAAACACAAUGAUGACUUUGAAAUGAUGUCAUUUUGGUUGUCCAACACUUGCCGCCUUUUACAUUGUUUAAAACAAUACAGUGGGGAUGAGGAUUUCAUGAAACAGAAUAACUUGCGACAGAAUGAGCACAGCCUGAAGAACUUUGACCUCACAGAGUACCGCCAAGUUCUGAGUGACCUUUCCAUUCAGAUUUAUCAGCAACUGAUUAAGGUGGCAGAAGGUCUCCUUCAGCCAAUGAUAGUGUCUGCAAUGCUGGAGAAUGAGAGUAUCCAGGGUCUGUCGAGCGUGAAACCCACGGGCUACAGGAAGCGUUCUUCCAGCCGGGUGGACGGAGACGACAGCUACACGCUAGAUGCCAUGUUGCGGCAACUGAACUUGUUAAACCACACGAUGUGUGAGCAUGGACUGGAUCCGGAGAUUAUCCAGCAGGUCUUUCGGCAGCUCUUCUACGUCAUCAAUGCUGUGACGCUGAACAAUCUGCUGCUGAGGAAGGACGUGUGCUCAUGGAGUACGGGAAUGCAGAUCAGAUAUAACAUCAGCCAGCUAGAAGAAUGGUUGCGAGGAAAAAACUUACAACAAAGUGGGGCUGUGAAGACAUUGGAGCCUCUAAUCCAAGCUGCACAACUUCUCCAAGUGAAGAAGAAAUCCACUGAAGAUGCUGCAGCCAUCUGCUCGAUGUGUAAAGAUUUGUCCACACAACAGAUUGUCAAAAUAUUAAACCUAUACACACCAGUAAAUGAGUUUGAAGAACGUGUAACUGUAUCCUUCAUUAGAAAUAUUCAGUCCAGUUUACAAGACCGCAAUGAACAGCCUCAACUAUUGUUGGACUUCAAACGCAUGUUUCCCGUUACAUUCCCAUUCAACCCUUCGGCACUCAAUCUGGACAGCAUUCACAUCCCAGCAAACCUGAACUUGACUUUCCUCAUCCGAGUGUAGAACAAAGGGUUUCCGUGCAUAUUUACAGGGAGGGAGGAAACCUGAAUGUUGCUGCAUCUCAGUGAUUAUUGGAACAAUGAAUCACACAGGCAUAUCAAAACUCGAAAUAACCCAUCAUCGUUGUGAAUAAACGUCUCACACAAACCAUUGUAAUUCAUUUAGAUGGAACGUCAUGCAUCUGCAGUGAUAGACAAUGUCUUAUUUUUAUAAUUAACAAAGCAAUGACAACUUGAGUAGAAUAUAAAAACAGAGAAGACUGCACCACAGAUUUUGAUACUUAGGACCCAUGUAAACUUUAUAACCAGAAGAAGAGGAGGCUGGAUUCACAACGUGAUUUCUGCAUGUUUUGCAACUCAUCUUUGGCUUCUUGUCAUAAUUCGGGUCUGAAAUGGAAGAGCCCAUUUUGCAUUCCUAAUACAUUCGGUGGCAGAGCAUUUUGUGGUUGGGUGGAAUUGUUCUCUGUCACCAUACGAGGAGACAUCAUCAAUGCACUGUUAAUUGUGGUGUCCUCCGAAUACUUGGUCUUUAUAAAUCAGCUGAUUGGUCGUCAUUACGGAAACUCAAUUGUGACGUAGGGCGGAAGUCCCUAAUUGGUUGUGUGGCAAACUUUGUGCAUUGUUGUCUGGAAUUAUGCCCGCAUUGGCUCAUAAAUAGAAUUGAGGUCUAUUUGAAUGUUUACAAGAUUGUUUGUGGAAAACUAUGCUUCUAGGAAUUCUCUCUAUAGCAUUUCUGUAAAUAGACAUGUAGACCUUGAUCCUAUUUAUGAGCCAACGAAGACAAAAUUCCAAACCACAACACAUGAAGCUUGCCACACAACCAAUCAGUGAUGAGACAUCACAACUGAGUUUCCGUCAUGGCCCAUGCAUUCAGAAGACACCACAAUUAACAGCUUACUGGUGAUGUCUCCUCGGUUGGUGAUGAAACAUUUGCAAGUAAAUUUCCAAGACUGGAGAACAGUUCAAACCAACCGUCAACCACCCAAGCUACAUAUUUUCUGAAUUAUUUCCAGUGUAUUCUAUAGAGAUACAAUCUAAUUUUUCAGAGAAAUUAUAGAGAGGAAUAAACAGGCGAUGGUUCAGGCCAAGACCCUGAGACCCUACAUUAGGACUGGAUUAUCAAGAUGGUCCAGUACUGAUGUAAAGGGUCUCAGCCUGAAAUUCAACUGUUUAUUUCCCUCUAUAGAUGCUGCCUGACCUGCUAAGUUCCUCUGGCAUUUAGUGUGUGGAUUUCCAUCAUCUGCAGAAUCUCUUGCGUUUGUGUUGGGUAAGGCUGGGAUUUGGGUCUGGUCAAUACAUACAGCCAAACUAGGGUUAAUAUCACUUUUCUAUUAGUCUAAUCCAGGGGUUGACAGCUUGGGGUCCAUGGACUCCAUGGUUACUGGUAGGGGUCCAUAGCCUAAAAAGGGUUGGGAACCCCUGGUCUAAUCUAUUUUCCCCUCGUUUAUGCUGGUGUGGAUAUGUUUUAUCACUUUGUUGUUUGAGAAAACCAUGCUUCUAUAUCUGAAACAUGGGCAAAAAGGUAUUGAGCAGUUUUCUGCAGGCUUCCUCUGUGAGCUUGUAAUGAAUAACUUAGCUCUGUAUCUGUGCCUUGCUUGUUGAAGGACCAAUUUGAUUUUGUCCCCACAUAACCCCCAGAAACGAUCACCAUUUCAGUUGGUGACGUUGGUAUGAUGCACCAUCUCACAAUCACAGCUUGUGAGAUGGUGACAGCGCAGCAUUCUUGGUGAACAGAUUUAUUGAUCAAUUGUGAUCUGCAGAAACUUCCCCAUUGUGUUGCAAUUCAGAACGUUGCCAAUUGUUACUUGUACACAUCUUGCAAUAUCUAACACCUGAAAGAGGUCUCUUUUACAGAGACAACAGAACUACACUGGCAAAAUCAGUAUCGUCAUAUUUAAAUCACUUUCUUCUUAAGCCCAUCACCCCUACAGCCCCCAACAGCAGUCUUCUGACCUGGGCCAGUUUUUCAAGUUGUGUCCAGGUGUAACCCAUCUUCGAAGAUCCUUCCUCUUGCAGGGAUGAGGCCUUUGGAACUUCAGUUGGCUUUUCUGUAACUCUGGGUCUUUACGGGAUAGGUUUGCUAGCCCUGCGCCCAACCCUCCCCCUUUCACAGCCGGGCUUGGGACCAUCCAUGGCAGAAUCAUAUUUAAAUCGAGCAGACAUCUAUGAAUUGAAUAUAGUUUACUGCCAUUUUAUAGAGGGUUGCAUUUCACUUAACUGUCCUGUUCUAUCCCACAACAACAUCCAAUGUGUGGGAAGCAUGUGCCUUUUACACCUUUGACUAAAUCACUCCAAUACCUAGUCCUGAAUUUCCACUUGCAUGUUCCUAUGUUGAAUUUGUUGCAGGAGAAUUGAUUAUUGUUGCCACAAACGCAGUUGUAGACAUACGAUGUGUAUUCAUAUUACACACAUGGUCUGUAAAGGGCACAGUGUAUGAAUUCUCAUUGUCAGUCAUUAUUCUAUGAAGCCAAGCUUACAGCUCCAUAAAAAUCUCACACAAGCAAAAUACUUGAUCCUCAUAUUUCCUACUCCAACUUCUCCAGCUGCUCUUCCCACCACUACAUUGGAACAAGGAAGUGGAAGCCCUGAAGAGACAAAGAUUGAAUUCUGAGACUUGAACUCUUCAUUCCCUUCGCAGUGUCUAAUGAAAACUACACUGGAUAACGGAACUGGGUAGAAUAAUAAAGUAUUUGUGGUUACAAAAGAAGAUAUUAAAGCGCUGUGUUCUAAUAUUGGCAGAUUACAUAAAUGUAUUGAAAAACAUUUCUUUGUAAUAUUUUACGUUAGGCAGAUUUGAUGUUUUCAUAGUUUAAAAGUCAUUUAUUUUUAAUUUAGAUUUAUGAAAGAGAAACGAUGGUAUAAGUAUAUAUGACUUUAUUAAGUUGCAUGAGAAAGAGAGGCAGCAUUAUGUUCAGAUAUUGUUGGAAGAGAAUUAAGCACAAUUGGUGUAAUUAAAGACUGUUUUGCACAGACUGUUGUACUGUUUAAAUCUGACUUGUGUGUCCCUGAGGAACAAAGUGAUUCAUUUAUUUAGAUGGGUUCAGCAUAGGACUUAUCAGAUGUUCUGAAGACUGGAUGGGAAAACGUCUUCAUUCAGCAAGACAAUGUCAACUCAAUCUCUAUUCUGUGGAGUUAGAGCAUACAAGAGUACAGUACGGGAACACAAUGUUGUGGCAAGCCAAUUAAAUUAGUAAUCACGUGGCUAACUAAGCUAAUUCCUUCUAGCGGCACAAUGCCCAAACCUCUCAAUUUUCCUCACAUUUACGUGCCUAUCUAAACAUCUUUUAAAAAUCUCAAAUGAACCUGCUUCUACCAUGCAGUGCAUUCCAGGCACCCAUCUCUCUCUAUGUAAAAAAACAAUUGCCCUUCACAUCUCCUUUGAACUUGCCCCCUCUCACCUUAAAUGCAUGUCCUCUGGUAUUGGACCUGUCAACCCUGGGGAAAUAAGGUACUGUCUGUCUAUUUUAUGCCUCUCCUAACCUUUAACUUAAGUUUAAAAUAACUUCCCAUCUUUUGAGCUCAGUACAUUGACUAAUGAAGGCAAGCAUGCCACAUGCCUUCUUAUCCACCCUAUCGACCUGUGUAGCCACUGUCAAGAAGCUAUGAACUUGUACCUGUAGUGAACUACAUAUACCUGUCUGGACACACCCCCUGCUGACUGCUCCUGUGGCUCCUCCCUCAGACCCCGGUAUAAAGGCGAUUGAGGCCUGAGCCCGGCCUCUCUGUCUCCAGGAUGUAGUAUGGUGGUCACUCACUGCUGGUUCCUUCUUCAGUCAAUAAAAGCCGAUAUCUCGC